CCUGUUUUCGUGUGAAUCUUUGACUGAGUUUGAAAGCCUAAAAAUGGCACAAUUUUGUUUUAAUGCUGAAAAUGCUUUAAACUGUCCGAUCUGUCUGAAUCUGCUUACAGACCCAGUGACUACAUCUUGUGGCCACAGUUACUGUAUGGACUGCAUCGAGAGAUCCUGGGAUCAGGAGGUUUAUAAAGGAGUGUACAGCUGCCCCAAAUGCAGGACACAAUUCAACCAAAGACCAACUCUCAGCAGAAGCACAGUGCUAGCUGAAAUUGUAGAUGGAAUGAACCAGGAGGAUCCAGCUGGCCCUGAAGAUGUGCCGUGCGAUGUUUGCAAAGGAAGAAAACUAAAAGCCAUCAAGUCUUGUCUGGUGUGUUUGGCUUCUUACUGCCAGUCUCACAUUCAGCCUCAUUAUGAGUCUGAAGCUUUUAGAAAGCACAAGCUGGUAAAUGCUUGCUCAAAUCUACAGCAGCAGAUCUGCCCACAACAUCAUAAAGCGCUGGAGAUUUACUGUCAAGAUGACCAGAAGUGUAUAUGUGUAGUUUGUUUGGGGGGUCAGCACAGUGGCCAUAAAACAGUCUCAGCUGCUGACGAAAUGGAUAAAAAACAGGUAAAACAGUGUAUUUGCUGUAUGGGAUGUUUUUAGAAUGCAGGGGAAUGUUUAAAGGGGUCAUAUGAUGCGAUUUCAAGUUUUCCUUUCUCUUUGGAGUGUAACAAGCUGUUUGUGAAUAGAUAAAAUUCCUAAAGUUGCAUAGACUAAAGGCUCAAACCCUUGAUUGGCUGUUGCCGCCAGGGCCAUGUUCUGGAGAUCCUGUUUCGAUGCUGUUUU